AUCUACAAAUUCCACGAGGACAUGCAUGGGGAAGUUGUUGAAGAGUGUAAGAAGGAAACUGUUGCUGACUCCCUACAUGGGCUGCAUUACCCUGCUACAGAUAUUCCCCAAAUCAACCGAGAACUGUUCAAAGCCAACCGAACCAGGGUAGUGUUCGAUGUAAAUCACAGGGGCGAUGACAUAUACUGCCUGGAUGAUGCUGUAUGCGCGAAAGAUAUUUGCCUUGUCAAGAGCUGUUUGCGCCAGGCACACCCUUGCCAUCUUGAAUAUCUUGCGAACAUGGGCGUAAGAUCUUCCUUCGUCGUGGCCAUUAUCGUCAACAAAGAACUUUGGGGCUUGUUUGCAUGCCACCAUUACUCUGACACUUGUUAUAUUCCCUUUCAAGUCAGGAUUGCAGCGGAAUUCCUGAGUCAA